AUGGUGCAACAACUUUGUCCCCUUCAUGUGCGAUUUAGUAUAAAUGGUAUCAGUAUAACCAUUCCCCAUCUUUCACCGAAACGAAGUGAUGGAGACUCUUGCUCAAAAGACAGUCUGAUCUUCUUAUUGUUUGUUACUUGUUCAACUGUUUCGCUUUAUCUUGUCAUGUUAAUGACACUGUUUUUCUUUCUCUGUAAAGCGUUUAAACGCAGCCAUAUCGUUUUAGACUGUCAAGAAGUGAGAGACAUUGGAAUAAACCAUGCAGGCAAUAUACGCGUGCAUAAUGACACCAAGUACAAUUCAACAGCAGAUAUAGACUGUGACGAAGGAUAUUACAACAUCAAGGACACUCAAACGGCUGGAAUAUCAACUACAACAAUAAGUUGUUCUCAGCAUGGAACAUGGGUGAACAUACCUACGUGCGUAAAGAAAGAUUGUGGAAAGUUAGACCAGCUGAAUAUAUCAAAUGUUAAAGUGAUGCUCACUUUCACUGAUGCAAGAUACCAGGCGAAUGCUGCCAUGACCUGUGAUACUGGAUAUACUGAUAAACAUAAACCACAGGCAAUGGAUUUUUCAACAGUUUUAAUCAAGUGCUCCGCCAAUGGAACAUGGGAACAUUUACCGGAAUGUGUAAGGAAAGACUGCGGCAAUGUACACAAUAUCAGCAUAGACAAUGCAGACAAUAGACGUCUGCAUACUGACACCAAGUACAGUUCUACAGCAGAUAUAGACUGUGACGAAGGAUAUUACAACAUCAAGGACACUCAAACGGCUGGAAUAUCAACUACAACAAUAAGUUGUUCUCAGCAUGGAACAUGGGUGAACAUGCCUACAUGCAGACGGAAAGAAUGUGGAGAUUUAAGCAAACUUAAUAUACCAAAUGCACAGGACAGGCUUAUCAUUUACGACACAAAGUACAACUCGAUAGCAAAUAUAAGCUGUGAUCCGGGAUAUAAAGAACAGAAUAAAAGUCAAACAAAAGGGAUUACAAGUACUUUGAUAAGAUGUAACGAGAAUGGAACAUGGGCAAAUCAACCGACGUGUGUCAGGAAGGAUUGCGGUGACGUGUAUAAUAUCAGCAUAAGCAAUGCAGUCAAUAGACGCCUGCAUGAUGACACCAAGUACAGUUCUACAGCAGAUAUAGACUGUGACGAAGGAUACUAUGACAUAAAUGACACACAAACGACAGAAAUAUCAACUACAGCUAUUACUUGUUCCGAGUAUGGAACAUGGAUAAACAUGCCUAUGUGCGUACGGAAAGACUGCGGAAACUUAACAAGCCCCGAACACGGAAAUGUCACACUUAACAAUGGACUAACAACAUUUAACUCUACUGCCACAUUUACAUGUGACACUGGCUAUGAAUUGACUGAUAAGAAUAUUUCGAUAUGCAAUGCCUCUGACUGUCGCACUCCUUCUGCACCUAUAAACGGCAAAGUUGACACUACAAGUGGUACGAUAUAUCAGUCAGUGGCUACAUUCAGUUGUGAUACCGGCUAUACAUUGAAUGGUGGCAACAAUACAGUCUAUUGCGGAAUCCUUACAGCACCUGGAAAUGGCACUGUUGAUUUCAGCAAUGGUACAACAUACACAUCCAUAGCCUACUACCGCUGCAACAUUGGUUUUGACCUGAAUGGUACAAAUAAAACUUCCUGCCAAGCUAACAGAACUUGGGAUGCUCAAACUCCUACAUGUGUUAUAAGAGAAUCAGAAAUGAUGUCCUUGACCUCUAUAACAGUAUUAACAUCAGUACAAGCCUUGCGUAUAGAUUUCAGAGAGGUAAGGCCUGCAGGACCUGCCUCAUCCCCUCCCUGA